UGCUUAAGCACGCGCUCCCAGAAUUUGUAAAGGCCGACUAGUGUUAAGAGAUACAUAGCUCUAGUCGUCGUGGUCCUGAAUAGCAUAAAAACAAACCACGGUGACGUCGCGUGCUGGUACACAGAGUACGAUUCAGUGAUCACCUUGCAUGAUCACGCAGUUUUGGGCUUCUAUUUUUGUUCGAUUGUUUGAUGUGUUUUGUUGUCCCGCCUUCGGGAAAAGGUCAUCCGCUGUAUAGGUCUUGUGUAAGCUGCGCACCCGGAAACCGACCAUACAUAACUACAGGCGUUCCAAAGCAAUGACAACCAUUUUUGUGUCCCCUGCAGAAUCACCAACUGCUUGUUCCAACUGUAUAAUUUGAAUUCCCGUUUUACACAAGUGGUUGGGUGUAUGCAUCAUCGACAAGGUAACCGAUAAUAUCCGCUGAUAAUAAAAACCCAUGACUUUGUGAAAGUGAAGUUUAGUGUCGGACAUUGUGUGGGACAUUUUCCUCGCGAAGUUCAGCCAUGGAGUUUGUCGACUGGAAGAGAGGCAUUCUGUUCCUGUUUAUGCUGUGUAUUUUCCUGCUCGUAAAUGCACCGACCGCAGAUGCACGAAGGCGCAGACAGACGCAUCGACGCACGAACAAUGAGGACUCACCGAGUGCCAUGUCGCCAGGUUUCACGCACUACUUUGUGAUAGUCGUCAUCGUCUUCGGGGCCGUCUUGGUCUUCCUUUGCCUCCUCAUCAAUAGCCUCCGCUGCAUCGUCAACAUACUCAGCCGACGGAACCACAAGCAAACCGAACGGCAGAUGAGGCACAGGACUGCUGGGCGCAGACACCAGCGGGCCGGGCACCAGGCGGACCUGAUCGACCAAUCAGAGCUGUGCCCGCCGCCGUCUUACGCCGAGAUCGUCGGGGAGACGACUGCGCCCCCACCGGCCUACUCCUCGCUGCAUGUGGGGGGUGCUGGGUGGGACAGCCCGCCCUCAGCGGAUGACUGGGCACGCGCAGAAGAACAUACAAUUUAAAUGGGGGGGGGGGGGGGGGGGGGGUCGGGGAGGGUGUGCUUCAGUCAUUUAGGAUGUGGUAUAUUGAUUUGUAUGGUCGAUGUAAACAGUAUCUUGAAAAGUGUUUAGCAAUUCCAAUACUGACUUCAUACCAGAUAUUAUGUUAAUCUCCGGUAAAAGAAGUGUAUUAUAGUUUGAAUAGUAUUUUAACAUAACCAAGAUGUACGUUUCACCUUAGCCCCUAGUCUGAGUAUCACCCGUUAUCCACGGAGCCAAGUCUCCUGUAUAACGUCUGAUAUAAUCUAAGCAUGCGUGACGUCAUUUCAUUUCGAAAUCAGGACUAAGAUUGUGAUUGGUCAAUUUCGAUGCCGCGUUUUUGUAAUACAACAACCUGUACAAAAAAAGGCUACUCAUCGUGGGCGUAAAUGUUUACGCACGCGGGGAGCUCGAAUUACACGCGUAUAGAGGGCGCCUGCUGAUUGGUCAGAUUCUCAUACGCAGUCUAGUUGCAUAAUUAAUCGCCGAAUCUGUUUACGUAUAAUAGACCAUGGUCGUCUUCGCCAGGGCCAGGGUCUGCUACACAGACUAUUUAUAGCCCCAUGAUACGUGCAUAUUUUCUUGUAAAAACAAAGUACCAAUUUCAAAGCGUUUUCGUUUAUGGGAACCGACGGCAGGCUAACUGUCAAUGAUUCUCGAACUUCUCGGUUAAUUCAUUUCUAAGAUUGAAACAAACGAGGAAUACUGGAGUAACAACAGAACCCUCUUAUACAAUGUACAUACAACUCAUACUAUUAUUGUGAAUACCCAGUUUAAAUAUAGAGGAGUAUUCUGAAGGUUGGAGUAAGGAUCGCAUUUUAGGGAGGCACUGCGAUAAGAUACUUAUAAUGUCAAAUGUUUUUUUAAAAAUAAUUUUGUACAAUAUUAAAAAGAAUCCUUUCUUAUAUUUUGCUUUAUUGUAGCAAAUUA